AGUCAGAUCGGGCUCACGGUCAUACCGCCAUUCUCUGUCGUCAUCUUCUGCGGAUUGCCUGACAAUGACAAAAUUCAUCCAUGUCUUCAUACCUUCUUUCUUCCCUAUUUUCUUUUCUUCUCACCCCUUCUCUCUUUUGUCUUUUAUAUUUGAUUUCCAAGAGGGUAUUUCUUCCACUGUAGCAGACGGAGAUGCUUUUGAUCCUGUUCUAUCUUCCCUAGACGUUGCCGAAUACAUUCAGAGAUGGGUAGAGUAAAGCUCCAGAUCAAGAGGAUAGAGAAUACAACAAACAGGCAGGUCACUUUCUCUAAAAGGAGAAAUGGACUUAUCAAGAAAGCUUACGAACUUUCUGUUCUCUGUGAUGUUGAUGUAGCUCUUAUCAUGUUUUCCCCCUCUGGAAGACUUAGUCUCUUCUCUCGAAAUAAAAGCAUUGAGGAGAUUCUGGAACGGUAUGUUAAUCUUCCAGAGCAUGAGAGAGGAAGACUGAGAAAUGAAGAGUUUCUACUAAAGGCACUUGGAAAGCUAAGGGAUGAAGCUGAUCAAAUUCAGACCUACCAAGCAGCCAGCAGCCCAGAGAGCACCGAUUCCCAACUUGAGGAGUUGCAACAAGAGAUUGUUAAAUGCAAGUCCCGGAUUGCAGAUAUACAAAGAAGACUAAGGAUUUUUGAAGGUGAAGAAAUCACAACGUUGAGUCAGGCUGAGUUCCACGAGCAGAUCCUAGAGGAAACACUGCAACAAGUCCGCCUGCGCAAGCAAGGUUUACAGGAAAAAGCCACAAGUUCAAGCAGUGCCUUGGAUUGGAUACGCAAGAAAGAUCCACAAGUUCAUAGCUUGAACUUUUUGGAGUCAAAUGGUCUUCUACCUCAAAGAGAUGAAUGUCAGUCUGUAGCCGAAAAUAUCUUACCACCCCUUGAUGGAGAAGAAAUAAUAAAUGUCGGGGAUCAGUUGAGCCCCACCAGAAGUGGUUUGGACAACAGCAAUAAUAUGCAACGUACUGAGUUAGGACAAGUUAAUAAUGUCAACUUGUCCCCUUGGACUGAACUCUAUUCUACAGUGGCAGGGAAUGAUAGUUUUCCAGAUGGACAGCCAGCAGCAGGAGGAGGAGGAAGAGCACUCCUCGAACUAUACGUGUCUCAGUUUACACAAUCAGCCAUCUCGACAAUGAACCAACACCAUACAUGAGUCCGUGGUUUACCCACGGGUUUUUUUUUUUGCAAGGGAAGGUGGUGGUUUAGAGCCAUUUCGACCACUGGCUUAUGGAGCAGUGGUGUGGUCACGUAACAGGAGAGGUUGCCUUGCAGGCCCUGAAUCGAGUUCAGGUCCGUCCUACCUUCUUUAAAAGCCACAAAACGAAAUGCUCUCUUAAAAUUUCUCUAGAAUCCUCAAAUAAAUAUGUUUGGUUAGUUUUUGAACUUAACCCCUCUCGUAAUAUCCGAUGGAGCAUCGAAAUUGAUUAUGAGAAUCGAUUUGUAAUUAUCCUCGAAUAUCCAGACUACUGUUUUUCAUUCUUAUUAUCUUUAGGUUUAAAUAUGCAAAAGCUACGUGUAAUUUUUAAAAAUUUAGUCUAUUGAGUCCUUAUUCUUUUUUAUUUAAAA